AUGGAACCUGUCCCUGAGAAACUAAUUGUGACCUGCCUGGACCUUGAAUGUAAGCUUGACCCAUCCCCGUCCCAACCAUUUGUUGUUGCUGCGGAAGUUGUUGCUGUUGCUGCAACUGCUGCAGUUGCGGAAGCUGCUGCUGCAGCUGUGAGAGUAGUUGCUGUUGUUGCAGUUGCUGUUGUGGUUGCAGCUGCAAGAGUGGUUGCUGCUGUUGCAGUUGCAGCAGCUGCUGCUGCUGUUGCAGUUGAGGCAGCUCCUGCUGCUGUUGCAGUUGAGGAAGCUGCUAUUGUUGUUGCAUCUGUGGAAGCUGCUGCUGUUGCAGUUGCGGAAGGUGCUGUUGUUGUUGCAGUUGUGGAAGGUGCUGUUGUUGCAGCUGUGGAUGCUGUUGAGAUUGCAUCUGCUGCUGCUGCAUUUGUUGCUGUUGUUGCUGCUGACUUGAUAUUUGUGGCUUAA